AUGACUGCUCCCCAAGCGAAUUAUGAGUGUGUGUUUGGUGUCACCAACAUCAAAUCUCACAUUCCUAUAAUUCUCGAUCUUGAUGAUCACAAUUACGAUGCUUGGAGAGAGUUGUUUCGCACUCACUGUCUCAUGUUCGAUGUACUAGGACAUCUUGAUGGCACUAUGCUUCCCGCUAAUGCCAACGAUGCGGCCUGGUACAAACGUGAUGGUUUAGUCAAGCUUUGGAACUAUGGUUACCUUGCUCCAGAUCUGUUUCGGUCAUCGUUUGAAACAGGUGGUACUGCAUGUGAUAAUCAGGAGAUUGGCGAUCAGACCAUUCAAGAGUAUUGUCAGAAGAUCAAAUCUCUUGCUGCCUUGCUCACCAAUGUCAAUGCUCCAGUCAAUGAACGAACGUUGGUCAUGUAUCUUCUCAAUGGACUCAAUGAGAAAUUUGAUUACAUAAUCAAUGUAAUCAAACACAAAGACCCUUUUCCAACCUUUGAAGUUGCGAAGUCGAUGCUCGAGCUAGAGGAAUCACGCCUCAAAAAGACCAAUCGGCGCACUUCUACUCAUUUCGAUCAUUCUUCAUCUACGACGGCUCUUACGGUAGCAACUUCCUCGCCUGAGCCACGACCCAACAACCAAACGACUCAACGUCAACAAUUCAACAACAACAACAGGGGAAACCAUCGUUCUAAUAAUCGAUCGAGGGGAGGAGGUCGAAACAACAAUCAAUCUCGUCCUCAGUUUCCAAAUUAG